AUGGCUUCAUUAGAUUUAAAUGCUUGUGAUGAUGUAGUGAAGUUUUUGCUAACCAACUCUUUUUCAUCACUGAAUUACGAGACAAAAGUAAUUUUAAAAAAUAAUGGAAAACCGACACCUCUGCCAGGUUUGACCGUUAAAGAUAGAUCCAAGUGUCGUUCGUUUACUAAAGAUUGUGAUUUUAAGAAACUUAAAAAACUGUGUUGUAGAGUUGUCAAUAAUAUCAAUAUGAAUUCGAUUGAGAGAAUUUUGCGGCUACAAUCUGAAAAUAAAUUAAGCCAUGAUGAAAAACUAUUAAUAAAAAACGUUGGACCGCCAAGACCCGAUUUGGACAUUGCUGUGUCGUGUAAAGUUAAAGACAAACUCGUGCAUCGAAAAUUUAAUAAGACUAUGUAUCAAAGUGAGUGGUGGUUAUGUGGUUGCAACGCGAAAAACGCCCUUUUCUGUUUUGUAUGUACCCUUAUGAAUAACGGAGAUGUUGAUAAAGCUUGGACUGAAACCGGAAUCACGGAUUUAAAACAUUUGGGAGAAAAAGUAAAAAAGCAUCGCUCGAGUAAAAAACACUUAAAUCUCAACGUAUCGUUCGCAGUCUUAGGUAAAGUAGACAUAAGAAAUCAGUUAAAUAGUGCUUAUAGAGAGAACGUCGAGAAACAUAAUGAUCAGUUGGCUUUAAGGGGGCAUGAUGAAACGCAUGAUUCUACAAAUCCGGGAAUUUUCAGAGGUUUAAUUAAUUUAAUGGCAGAGCUUGACACUACAUUAAAAUCUCAUAUAGAAAAAACGAACAAUCGCGUUUUUAUGGGUCUUUCAAAAACCAUACAAAACGAACUACUUGAUUCAAUUUAUGCUGUUUGUAUUAAUUUAAUCAAAGAUGAAAUUUUGGAAGCGGACUAUAUAUCUAUUUUAGCUGAUGAAACUACAGAUGUAGCUUCACAGUCGCAGCUGGUUUUUGUCGUUAGAUAUGAAUUGAAAGGCAAAAUAUUUGAAAGAUUUUUAGGAUUCAUUAAUCCAACAGAUCACACAGAUGAUUGUAUUUCUAGUAUUAUUUUAAAUGAGCUCGAAAAACUUGAAAUCAAUCAAAAUCCAAAAAAACUUAUAUCUCAGUCUUAUGAUGGUGCUUCGGUUAUGAGUGGAAGACAAAAUGGGGUACAAGCAAAAAUCAAGGAACAUUACCCUAAAGCUCAGUUUAUUCACUGCUAUGCUCACCAGUUGAAUUUAAUUAUAGAAAAGGCGGCAUCAGCACACAGCCAAAAAAAGUCACGAGCCGCCACUGAUAGUUCGACUAUGUAUCAAACACAGUCCCCCAAAACAGUUGAAAAUUUGAAAGAUACACAAUAUUGGAAAGAAGAUUUUAAUAAAGGUUCUUCACCAGAUAGAAUAAAUAGAGACAACAAUCCAACGGGGUUCUACUGA